CUAUCUGAACAACCCCGAGGCGACAGCAGCCACAAUCACGCCUGAUGGCUGGCUGCGCACGGGAGACGUGGCGUAUGUGGAUGGGGCGGGGGAGUUUCUCAUCCCUCUUCUGACGCUCUCUUUCACUCCACCCUUCUGCUGCCUCUCUCCUCUAGGCUAUCUGAACAACCCCGAGGCGACAGCAGCCACAAUCACGCCUGAUGGCUGGCUGCGCACGGGAGACGUGGCGUAUGUGGAUGGGGCGGGGGAGUUUCUCAUCCCUCUUCUGACGCUCUCUUUCACUCCACCCUUCUGCUGCCUCUCUCCUCUAGGCUAUCUGAACAACCCCGAGGCGACAGCAGCCACGCUCACGCCAGACGGCUGGCUGCGCACGGGAGACGUGGCGUAUGUGGAUGGGGCGGGGGAGUUUCUCAUCCCUCUUCUGACGCUCUCUUUCACUCCACCCUUCUGCUGCCUCUCUCCUCUAGGCUAUCUGAACAACCCCGAGGCGACAGCAGCCACGCUCACGCCAGACGGCUGGCUGCGCACGGGAGACGUGGCGUAUGUGGAUGGGGCGGGGGAGUUUCUCAUCCCUCUUCUGACGCUCUCUUUCACUCCACCCUUCUGCUGCCUCUCUCCUCUAGGCUAUCUGAACAACCCCGAGGCGACAGCAGCCACAAUCACGCCUGAUGGCUGGCUGCGCACGGGAGACGUGGCGUAUGUGGAUGGGGCGGGGGAGUUUCUCAUCCCUCUUCUGACGCUCUCUUUCACUCCACCCUUCUGCUGCCUCUCUCCUCUAGGCUAUCUGAACAACCCCGAGGCGACAGCAGCCACAAUCACGCCAGACGGCUGGCUGCGCACGGGAGACGUGGCGUAUGUGGAUGGGGCGGGGGAGUUUCUCAUCCCUCUUCUGACGCUCUCUUUCACUCCACCCUUCUGCUGCCUCUCUCCUCUAGGCUAUCUGAACAACCCCGAGGCGACAGCAGCCACAAUCACGCCUGAUGGCUGGCUGCGCACGGGAGACGUGGCGUAUGUGGAUGGGGCGGGGGAGUUUCUCAUCCCUCUUCUGACGCUCUCUUUCACUCCACCCUUCUGCUGCCUCUCUCCUCUAGGCUAUCUGAACAACCCCGAGGCGACAGCAGCCACGCUCACGCCAGACGGCUGGCUGCGCACGGGAGACGUGGCGUAUGUGGAUGGGGCGGGGGAGUUUCUCAUCCCUCUUCUGACGCUCUCUUUCACUCCACCCUUCUGCUGCCUCUCUCCUCUAGGCUAUCUGAACAACCCCGAGGCGACAGCAGCCACGCUCACGCCAGACGGCUGGCUGCGCACGGGAGACGUGGCGUAUGUGGAUGGGGCGGGGGAGUUUCUCAUCCCUCUUCUGACGCUCUCUUUCACUCCACCCUUCUGCUGCCUCUCUCCUCUAGGCUAUCUGAACAACCCCGAGGCGACAGCAGCCACGCUCACGCCAGACGGCUGGCUGCGCACGGGAGACGUGGCGUAUGUGGAUGGGGCGGGGGAGUUUCUCAUCCCUCUUCUGACGCUCUCUUUCACUCCACCCUUCUGCUGCCUCUCUCCUCUAGGCUAUCUGAACAACCCCGAGGCGACAGCAGCCACAAUCACGCCUGAUGGCUGGCUGCGCACGGGAGACGUGGCGUAUGUGGAUGGGGCGGGGGAGUUUCUCAUCCCUCUUCUGACGCUCUCUUUCACUCCACCCUUCUGCUGCCUCUCUCCUCUAGGCUAUCUGAACAACCCCGAGGCGACAGCAGCCACAAUCACGCCUGAUGGCUGGCUGCGCACGGGAGACGUGGCGUAUGUGGAUGGGGCGGGGGAGUUUCUCAUCCCUCUUCUGACGCUCUCUUUCACUCCACCCUUCUGCUGCCUCUCUCCUCUAGGCUAUCUGAACAACCCCGAGGCGACAGCAGCCACAAUCACGCCUGAUGGCUGGCUGCGCACGGGAGACGUGGCGUAUGUGGAUGGGGAGGGGGAGUUUCUCAUCCCUCUUCUGACGCUCUCUUUCACUCCACCCUUCUGCUGCCUCUCUCCUCUAGGCUAUCUGAACAACCCCGAGGCGACAGCAGCCACAAUCACGCCUGAUGGCUGGCUGCGCACGGGAGACGUGGCGUAUGUGGAUGGGGCGGGGGAGUUUCUCAUCCCUCUUCUGACGCUCUCUUUCACUCCACCCUUCUGCUGCCUCUCUCCUCUAGGCUAUCUGAACAACCCCGAGGCGACAACAGCCACAAUCACGCCUGAUGGCUGGCUGCGCACGGGAGACGUGGCGUAUGUGGAUGGGGCGGGGGAGUUUCUCAUCCCUCUUCUGACGCUCUCUUUCACUCCACCCUUCUGCUGCCUCUCUCCUCUAGGCUAUCUGAACAACCCCGAGGCGACAGCAGCCACGCUCACGCCAGACGGCUGGCUGCGCACGGGAGACGUGGCGUAUGUGGAUGGGGCGGGGGAGUUUCUCAUCCCUCUUCUGACGCUCUCUUUCACUCCACCCUUCUGCUGCCUCUCUCCUCUAGGCUAUCUGAACAACCCCGAGGCGACAGCAGCCACAAUCACGCCUGAUGGCUGGCUGCGCACGGGAGACGUGGCGUAUGUGGAUGGGGCGGGGGAGUUUCUCAUCCCUCUUCUGACGCUCUCUUUCACUCCACCCUUCUGCUGCCUCUCUCCUCUAGGCUAUCUGAACAACCCCGAGGCGACAGCAGCCACAAUCACGCCUGAUGGCUGGCUGCGCACGGGAGACGUGGCGUAUGUGGAUGGGGCGGGGGAGUUUCUCAUCCCUCUUCUGACGCUCUCUUUCACUCCACCCUUCUGCUGCCUCUCUCCUCUAGGCUAUCUGAACAACCCCGAGGCGACAGCAGCCACAAUCACGCCUGAUGGCUGGCUGCGCACGGGAGACGUGGCCUAUCUGAACAACCCCGAGGCGACAGCAGCCACAAUCACGCCUGAUGGCUGGCUGCGCACGGGAGACGUGGCGUAUGUGGAUGGGGCGGGGGAGUUUCUCAUCCCUCUUCUGACGCUCUCUUUCACUCCACCCUUCUGCUGCCUCUCUCCUCUAGGCUAUCUGAACAACCCCGAGGCGACAGCAGCCACAAUCACGCCUGAUGGCUGGCUGCGCACGGGAGACGUGGCGUAUGUGGAUGGGGCGGGGGAGUUUCUCAUCCCUCUUCUGACGCUCUCUUUCACUCCACCCUUCUGCUGCCUCUCUCCUCUAGGCUAUCUGAACAACCCCGAGGCGACAGCAGCCACAAUCACGCCUGAUGGCUGGCUGCGCACGGGAGACGUGGCGUAUGUGGAUGGGGCGGGGGAGUUUCUCAUCCCUCUUCUGACGCUCUCUUUCACUCCACCCUUCUGCUGCCUCUCUCCUCUAGGCUAUCUGAACAAACCCGAGGCGACAGCAGCCACAAUCACGCCUGAUGGCUGUCUGCGCACGGGAGACGUGGCGUAUGUGGAUGGGGCGGGGGAGUUUCUCAUCCCUCUUCUGACGCUCUCUUUCACUCCACCCUUCUGCUGCCUCUCUCCUCUAGGCUAUCUGAACAACCCCGAGGCGACAGCAGCCACAAUCACGCCUGAUGGCUGGCUGCGCACGGGAGACGUGGCGUAUGUGGAUGGGGCGGGGGAGUUUCUCAUCCCUCUUCUGACGCUCUCUUUCACUCCACCCUUCUGCUGCCUCUCUCCUCUAGGCUAUCUGAACAACCCCGAGGCGACAGCAGCCACAAUCACGCCUGAUGGCUGGCUGCGCACGGGAGACGUGGCGUAUGUGGAUGGGGCGGGGGAGUUUCUCAUCCCUCUUCUGACGCUCUCUUUCACUCCACCCUUCUGCUGCCUCUCUCCUCUAGGCUAUCUGAACAACCCCGAGGCGACAGCAGCCACGCUCACGCCAGACGGCUUGCUGCGCACGGGAGACGUGGCGUAUGUGGAUGGGGAGGGGGAGUUUCUCAUCCCUCUUCUGACGCUCUCUUUCACUCCACCCUUCUGCUGCCUCUCUCCUCUAGGCUAUCUGAACAACCCCGAGGCGACAGCAGCCACAAUCACGCCUGAUGGCUGGCUGCGCACGGGAGACGUGGCGUAUGUGGAUGGGGCGGGGGAGUUUCUCAUCCCUCUUCUGACGCUCUCUUUCACUCCACCCUUCUGCUGCCUCUCUCCUCUAGGCUAUCUGAACAACCCCGAGGCGACAGCAGCCACGCUCACGCCAGACGGCUUGCUGCGCACGGGAGACGUGGCGUAUGUGGAUGGGGAGGGGGAGUUUCUCAUCCCUCUUCUGACGCUCUCUUUCACUCCACCCUUCUGCUGCCUCUCUCCUCUAGGCUAUCUGAACAACCCCGAGGCGACAGCAGCCACAAUCACGCCUGAUGGCUGGCUGCGCACGGGAGACGUGGCGUAUGUGGAUGGGGCGGGGGAGUUUCUCAUCCCUCUUCUGACGCUCUCUUUCACUCCACCCUUCUGCUGCCUCUCUCCUCUAGGCUAUCUGAACAACCCCGAGGCGACAACAGCCACAAUCACGCCUGAUGGCUGGCUGCGCACGGGAGACGUGGCGUAUGUGGAUGGGGCGGGGGAGUUUCUCAUCCCUCUUCUGACGCUCUCUUUCACUCCACCCUUCUGCUGCCUCUCUCCUCUAGGCUAUCUGAACAACCCCGAGGCGACAGCAGCCACGCUCACGCCAGACGGCUUGCUGCGCACGGGAGACGUGGCGUAUGUGGAUGGGGCGGGGGAGUUUCUCAUCCCUCUUCUGACGCUCUCUUUCACUCCACCCUUCUGCUGCCUCUCUCCUCUAGGCUAUCUGAACAACCCCGAGGCGACAGCAGCCACAAUCACGCCUGAUGGCUGGCUGCGCACGGGAGACGUGGCGUAUGUGGAUGGGGCGGGGGAGUUUCUCAUCCCUCUUCUGACGCUCUCUUUCACUCCACCCUUCUGCUGCCUCUCUCCUCUAGGCUAUCUGAACAACCCCGAGGCGACAGCAGCCACGCUCACGCCAGACGGCUUGCUGCGCACGGGAGACGUGGCGUAUGUGGAUGGGGCGGGGGAGUUUCUCAUCCCUCUUCUGACGCUCUCUUUCACUCCACCCUUCUGCUGCCUCUCUCCUCUAGGCUAUCUGAACAACCCCGAGGCGACAGCAGCCACGCUCACGCCAGACGGCUGGCUGCGCACGGGAGACGUGGCGUAUGUGGAUGGGGCGGGGGAGUUUCUCAUCCCUCUUCUGACGCUCUCUUUCACUCCACCCUUCUGCUGCCUCUCUCCUCUAGGCUAUCUGAACAACCCCGAGGCGACAGCAGCCACAAUCACGCCUGAUGGCUGGCUGCGCACGGGAGACGUGGCGUAUGUGGAUGGGGCGGGGGAGUUUCUCAUCCCUCUUCUGACGCUCUCUUUCACUCCACCCUUCUGCUGCCUCUCUCCUCUAGGCUAUCUGAACAACCCCGAGGCGACAGCAGCCACGCUCACGCCAGACGGCUUGCUGCGCACGGGAGACGUGGCGUAUGUGGAUGGGGCGGGGGAGUUUCUCAUCCCUCUUCUGACGCUCUCUUUCACUCCACCCUUCUGCUGCCUCUUUCCUCUAGGCUAUCUGAACAACCCCGAGGCGACAGCAGCCACGCUCACGCCAGACGGCUGGCUGCGCACGGGAGACGUGGCGUAUGUGGAUGGGGCGGGGGAGUUUCUCAUCCCUCUUCUGACGCUCUCUUUCACUCCACCCUUCUGCUGCCUCUCUCCUCUAGGCUAUCUGAACAACCCCGAGGCGACAGCAGCCACAAUCACGCCUGAUGGCUGGCUGCGCACGGGAGACGUGGCGUAUGUGGAUGGGGCGGGGGAGUUUCUCAUCCCUCUUCUGACGCUCUCUUUCACUCCACCCUUCUGCUGCCUCUCUCCUCUAGGCUAUCUGAACAACCCCGAGGCGACAGCAGCCACGCUCACGCCAGACGGCUUGCUGCGCACGGGAGACGUGGCGUAUGUGGAUGGGGCGGGGGAGUUUCUCAUCCCUCUUCUGACGCUCUCUUUCACUCCACCCUUCUGCUGCCUCUCUCCUCUAGGCUAUCUGAACAACCCCGAGGCGACAGCAGCCACGCUCACGCCAGACGGCUGGCUGCGCACGGGAGACGUGGCGUAUGUGGAUGGGGCGGGGGAGUUUCUCAUCCCUCUUCUGACGCUCUCUUUCACUCCACCCUUCUGCUGCCUCUCUCCUCUAGGCUAUCUGAACAACCCCGAGGCGACAGCAGCCACAAUCACGCCUGAUGGCUGGCUGCGCAUGGGAGACGUGGCGUAUGUGGAUGGGGCGGGGGAGUUUCUCAUCCCUCUUCUGACGCUCUCUUUCACUCCACCCUUCUGCUGCCUCUCUCCUCUAGGCUAUCUGAACAACCCCGAGGCGACAGCAGCCACAAUCACGCCUGAUGGCUGGCUGCGCACGGGAGACGUGGCGUAUGUGGAUGGGGCGGGGGAGUUUCUCAUCCCUCUUCUGACGCUCUCUUUCACUCCACCCUUCUGCUGCCUCUCUCCUCUAGGCUAUCUGAACAACCCCGAGGCGACAGCAGCCACAAUCACGCCUGAUGGCUGGCUGCGCACGGGAGACGUGGCGUAUGUGGAUGGGGCGGGGGAGUUUCUCAUCCCUCUUCUGACGCUCUCUUUCACUCCACCCUUCUGCUGCCUCUCUCCUCUAGGCUAUCUGAACAACCCCGAGGCGACAGCAGCCACGCUCACGCCAGACGGCUUGCUGCGCACGGGAGACGUGGCGUAUGUGGAUGGGGCGGGGGAGUUUCUCAUCCCUCUUCUGACGCUCUCUUUCACUCCACCCUUCUGCUGCCUCUCUCCUCUAGGCUAUCUGAACAACCCCGAGGCGACAGCAGCCACGCUCACGCCAGACGGCUGGCUGCGCACGGGAGACGUGGCGUAUGUGGAUGGGGCGGGGGAGUUUCUCAUCCCUCUUCUGACGCUCUCUUUCACUCCACCCUUCUGCUGCCUCUCUCCUCUAGGCUAUCUGAACAACCCCGAGGCGACAGCAGCCACAAUCACGCCUGAUGGCUGGCUGCGCAUGGGAGACGUGGCGUAUGUGGAUGGGGCGGGGGAGUUUCUCAUCCCUCUUCUGACGCUCUCUUUCACUCCACCCUUCUGCUGCCUCUCUCCUCUAGGCUAUCUGAACAACCCCGAGGCGACAGCAGCCACGCUCACGCCAGACGGCUGGCUGCGCACGGGAGACGUGGCGUAUGUGGAUGGGGCGGGGGAGUUUCUCAUCCCUCUUCUGACGCUCUCUUUCACUCCACCCUUCUGCUGCCUCUCUCCUCUAGGCUAUCUGAAAAACCCCGAGGCGACAGGAGCCACGCUCACGCCAGACGGCUGGCUGCGCACGGGAGACGUGGCGUAUGUGGAUGGGGCGGGGGAGUUUCUCAUCCCUCUUCUGACGCUCUCUUUCACUCCACCCUUCUGCUGCCUCUCUCCUCUAGGCUAUCUGAACAACCCCGAGGCGACAGCAGCCACGCUCACGCCAGACGGCUGGCUGCGCACGGGAGACGUGGCGUAUGUGGAUGGGGCGGGGGAGUUUCUCAUCCCUCUUCUGACGCUCUCUUUCACUCCACCCUUCUGCUGCCUCUCUCCUCUAGGCUAUCUGAACAACCCCGAGGCGACAGCAGCCACGCUCACGCCAGACGGCUUGCUGCGCACGGGAGACGUGGCGUAUGUGGAUGGGGCGGGGGAGUUUCUCAUCCCUCUUCUGACGCUCUCUUUCACUCCACCCUUCUGCUGCCUCUCUCCUCUAGGCUAUCUGAACAACCCCGAGGCGACAGCAGCCACAAUCACGCCUGAUGGCUGGCUGCGCACGGGAGACGUGGCGUAUGUGGAUGGGGCGGGGGAGUUUCUCAUCCCUCUUCUGACGCUCUCUUUCACUCCACCCUUCUGCUGCCUCUCUCCUCUAGGCUAUCUGAACAACCCCGAGGCGACAGCAGCCACAAUCACGCCUGAUGGCUGGCUGCGCACGGGAGACGUGGCGUAUGUGGAUGGGGCGGGGGAGUUUCUCAUCCCUCUUCUGACGCUCUCUUUCACUCCACCCUUCUGCUGCCUCUCUCCUCUAGGCUAUCUGAACAACCCCGAGGCGACAGCAGCCACAAUCACGCCUGAUGGCUGGCUGCGCACGGGAGACGUGGCGUAUGUGGAUGGGGCGGGGGAGUUUCUCAUCCCUCUUCUGACGCUCUCUUUCACUCCACCCUUCUGCUGCCUCUCUCCUCUAGGCUAUCUGAACAACCCCGAGGCGACAGCAGCCACGCUCACGCCAGACGGCUUGCUGCGCACGGGAGACGUGGCGUAUGUGGAUGGGGCGGGGGAGUUUCUCAUCCCUCUUCUGACGCUCUCUUUCACUCCACCCUUCUGCUGCCUCUCUCCUCUAGGCUAUCUGAACAACCCCGAGGCGACAGCAGCCACGCUCACGCCAGACGGCUUGCUGCGCACGGGAGACGUGGCGUAUGUGGAUGGGGCGGGGGAGUUUCUCAUCCCUCUUCUGACGCUCUCUUUCACUCCACCCUUCUGCUGCCUCUCUCCUCUAGGCUAUCUGAACAACCCCGAGGCGACAGCAGCCACAAUCACGCCUGAUGGCUGGCUGCGCACGGGAGACGUGGCGUAUGUGGAUGGGGCGGGGGAGUUUCUCAUCCCUCUUCUGACGCUCUCUUUCACUCCACCCUUCUGCUGCCUCUCUCCUCUAGGCUAUCUGAACAACCCCGAGGCGACAGCAGCCACAAUCACGCCUGAUGGCUGGCUGCGCACGGGAGACGUGGCGUAUGUGGAUGGGGCGGGGGAGUUUCUCAUCCCUCUUCUGACGCUCUCUUUCACUCCACCCUUCUGCUGCCUCUCUCCUCUAGGCUAUCUGAACAACCCCGAGGCGACAGCAGCCACAAUCACGCCUGAUGGCUGGCUGCGCACGGGAGACGUGGCGUAUGUGGAUGGGGCGGGGGAGUUUCUCAUCCCUCUUCUGACGCUCUCUUUCACUCCACCCUUCUGCUGCCUCUCUCCUCUAGGCUAUCUGAACAACCCCGAGGCGACAGCAGCCACAAUCACGCCUGAUGGCUGGCUGCGCACGGGAGACGUGGCGUAUGUGGAUGGGGCGGGGGAGUUUCUCAUCCCUCUUCUGACGCUCUCUUUCACUCCACCCUUCUGCUGCCUCUCUCCUCUAGGCUAUCUGAACAACCCCGAGGCGACAGCAGCCACGCUCACGCCAGACGGCUUGCUGCGCACGGGAGACGUGGCGUAUGUGGAUGGGGCGGGGGAGUUUCUCAUCCCUCUUCUGACGCUCUCUUUCACUCCACCCUUCUGCUGCCUCUCUCCUCUAGGCUAUCUGAACAACCCCGAGGCGACAGCAGCCACGCUCACGCCAGACGGCUGGCUGCGCACGGGAGACGUGGCGUAUGUGGAUGGGGCGGGGGAGUUUCUCAUCCCUCUUCUGACGCUCUCUUUCACUCCACCCUUCUGCUGCCUCUCUCCUCUAGGCUAUCUGAACAACCCCGAGGCGACAGCAGCCACAAUCACGCCUGAUGGCUGGCUGCGCACGGGAGACGUGGCGUAUGUGGAUGGGGCGGGGGAGUUUCUCAUCCCUCUUCUGACGCUCUCUUUCACUCCACCCUUCUGCUGCCUCUCUCCUCUAGGCUAUCUGAACAACCCCGAGGCGACAGCAGCCACGCUCACGCCAGACGGCUGGCUGCGCACGGGAGACGUGGCGUAUGUGGAUGGGGCGGGGGAGUUUCUCAUCCCUCUUCUGACGCUCUCUUUCACUCCACCCUUCUGCUGCCUCUCUCCUCUAGGCUAUCUGAACAACCCCGAGGCGACAGCAGCCACAAUCACGCCAGACGGCUUGCUGCGCACGGGAGACGUGGCGUAUGUGGAUGGGGCGGGGGAGUUUCUCAUCCCUCUUCUGACGCUCUCUUUCACUCCACCCUUCUGCUGCCUCUCUCCUCUAGGCUAUCUGAACAACCCCGAGGCGACAGCAGCCACGCUCACGCCAGACGGCUUGCUGCGCACGGGAGACGUGGCGUAUGUGGAUGGGGCGGGGGAGUUUCUCAUCCCUCUUCUGACGCUCUCUUUCACUCCACCCUUCUGCUGCCUCUCUCCUCUAGGCUAUCUGAACAACCCCGAGGCGACAGCAGCCACAAUCACGCCUGGUGGCUGGCUGCGCACGGGAGACGUGGCGUAUGUGGAUGGGGCGGGGGAGUUUCUCAUCCCUCUUCUGACGCUCUCUUUCACUCCACCCUUCUGCUGCCUCUCUCCUCUAGGCUAUCUGAACAACCCCGAGGCGACAGCAGCCACGCUCACGCCAGACGGCUGGCUGCGCACGGGAGACGUGGCGUAUGUGGAUGGGGCGGGGGAGUUUCUCAUCCCUCUUCUGACGCUCUCUUUCACUCCACCCUUCUGCUGCCUCUCUCCUCUAGGCUAUCUGAACAACCCCGAGGCGACAGCAGCCACAAUCACGCCUGAUGGCUGGCUGCGCACGGGAGACGUGGCGUAUGUGGAUGGGGCGGGGGAGUUUCUCAUCCCUCUUCUGACGCUCUCUUUCACUCCACCCUUCUGCUGCCUCUCUCCUCUAGGCUAUCUGAACAACCCCGAGGCGACAGCAGCCACAAUCACGCCAGACGGCUUGCUGCGCACGGGAGACGUGGCGUAUGUGGAUGGGGCGGGGGAGUUUCUCAUCCCUCUUCUGACGCUCUCUUUCACUCCACCCUUCUGCUGCCUCUCUCCUCUAGGCUAUCUGAACAACCCCGAGGCGACAGCAGCCACGCUCACGCCAGACGGCUUGCUGCGCACGGGAGACGUGGCGUAUGUGGAUGGGGCGGGGGAGUUUCUCAUCCCUCUUCUGACGCUCUCUUUCACUCCACCCUUCUGCUGCCUCUCUCCUCUAGGCUAUCUGAACAACCCCGAGGCGACAGCAGCCACGCUCACGCCAGACGGCUUGCUGCGCACGGGAGACGUGGCGUAUGUGGAUGGGGCGGGGGAGUUUCUCAUCCCUCUUCUGACGCUCUCUUUCACUCCACCCUUCUGCUGCCUCUCUCCUCUAGGCUAUCUGAACAACCCCGAGGCGACAGCAGCCACGCUCACGCCAGACGGCUUGCUGCGCACGGGAGACGUGGCGUAUGUGGAUGGGGCGGGGGAGUUUCUCAUCCCUCUUCUGACGCUCUCUUUCACUCCACCCUUCUGCUGCCUCUCUCCUCUAGGCUAUCUGAACAACCCCGAGGCGACAGCAGCCACGCUCACGCCAGACGGCUUGCUGCGCACGGGAGACGUGGCGUAUGUGGAUGGGGCGGGGGAGUUUCUCAUCCCUCUUCUGACGCUCUCUUUCACUCCACCCUUCUGCUGCCUCUCUCCUCUAGGCUAUCUGAACAACCCCGAGGCGACAGCAGCCACAAUCACGCCUGAUGGCUGGCUGCGCACGGGAGACGUGGCGUAUGUGGAUGGGGCGGGGGAGUUUCUCAUCCCUCUUCUGACGCUCUCUUUCACUCCACCCUUCUGCUGCCUCUCUCCUCUAGGCUAUCUGAACAACCCCGAGGCGACAGCAGCCACGCUCACGCCAGACGGCUUGCUGCGCACGGGAGACGUGGCGUAUGUGGAUGGGGCGGGGGAGUUUCUCAUCCCUCUUCUGACGCUCUCUUUCACUCCACCCUUCUGCUGCCUCUCUCCUCUAGGCUAUCUGAACAACCCCGAGGCGACAGCAGCCACGCUCACGCCAGACGGCUUGCUGCGCACGGGAGACGUGGCGUAUGUGGAUGGGGCGGGGGAGUUUCUCAUCCCUCUUCUGACGCUCUCUUUCACUCCACCCUUCUGCUGCCUCUCUCCUCUAGGCUAUCUGAACAACCCCGAGGCGACAGCAGCCACGCUCACGCCAGACGGCUUGCUGCGCACGGGAGACGUGGCGUAUGUGGAUGGGGCGGGGGAGUUUCUCAUCCCUCUUCUGACGCUCUCUUUCACUCCACCCUUCUGCUGCCUCUCUCCUCUAGGCUAUCUGAACAACCCCGAGGCGACAGCAGCCACGCUCACGCCAGACGGCUUGCUGCGCACGGGAGACGUGGCGUAUGUGGAUGGGGCGGGGGAGUUUCUCAUCCCUCUUCUGACGCUCUCUUUCACUCCACCCUUCUGCUGCCUCUCUCCUCUAGGCUAUCUGAACAACCCCGAGGCGACAGCAGCCACGCUCACGCCAGACGGCUUGCUGCGCACGGGAGACGUGGCGUAUGUGGAUGGGGCGGGGGAGUUUCUCAUCCCUCUUCUGACGCUCUCUUUCACUCCACCCUUCUGCUGCCUCUCUCCUCUAGGCUAUCUGAACAACCCCGAGGCGACAGCAGCCACGCUCACGCCAGACGGCUUGCUGCGCACGGGAGACGUGGCGUAUGUGGAUGGGGCGGGGGAGUUUCUCAUCCCUCUUCUGACGCUCUCUUUCACUCCACCCUUCUGCUGCCUCUCUCCUCUAGGCUAUCUGAACAACCCCGAGGCGACAGCAGCCACGCUCACGCCAGACGGCUUGCUGCGCACGGGAGACGUGGCGUAUGUGGAUGGGGCGGGGGAGUUUCUCAUCCCUCUUCUGACGCUCUCUUUCACUCCACCCUUCUGCUGCCUCUCUCCUCUAGGCUAUCUGAACAACCCCGAGGCGACAGCAGCCACGCUCACGCCAGACGGCUUGCUGCGCACGGGAGACGUGGCGUAUGUGGAUGGGGCGGGGGAGUUUCUCAUCCCUCUUCUGACGCUCUCUUUCACUCCACCCUUCUGCUGCCUCUCUCCUCUAGGCUAUCUGAACAACCCCGAGGCGACAGCAGCCACGCUCACGCCAGACGGCUUGCUGCGCACGGGAGACGUGGCGUAUGUGGAUGGGGCGGGGGAGUUUCUCAUCCCUCUUCUGACGCUCUCUUUCACUCCACCCUUCUGCUGCCUCUCUCCUCUAGGCUAUCUGAACAACCCCGAGGCGACAGCAGCCACAAUCACGCCUGAUGGCUGGCUGCGCACGGGAGACGUGGCGUAUGUGGAUGGGGCGGGGGAGUUUCUCAUCCCUCUUCUGACGCUCUCUUUCACUCCACCCUUCUGCUGCCUCUCUCCUCUAGGCUAUCUGAACAACCCCGAGGCGACAGCAGCCACGCUCACGCCAGACGGCUUGCUGCGCACGGGAGACGUGGCGUAUGUGGAUGGGGCGGGGGAGUUUCUCAUCCCUCUUCUGACGCUCUCUUUCACUCCACCCUUCUGCUGCCUCUCUCCUCUAGGCUAUCUGAACAACCCCGAGGCGACAGCAGCCACGCUCACGCCAGACGGCUUGCUGCGCACGGGAGACGUGGCGUAUGUGGAUGGGGCGGGGGAGUUUCUCAUCCCUCUUCUGACGCUCUCUUUCACUCCACCCUUCUGCUGCCUCUCUCCUCUAGGCUAUCUGAACAACCCCGAGGCGACAGCAGCCACGCUCACGCCAGACGGCUUGCUGCGCACGGGAGACGUGGCGUAUGUGGAUGGGGCGGGGGAGUUUCUCAUCCCUCUUCUGACGCUCUCUUUCACUCCACCCUUCUGCUGCCUCUCUCCUCUAGGCUAUCUGAACAACCCCGAGGCGACAGCAGCCACGCUCACGCCAGACGGCUUGCUGCGCACGGGAGACGUGGCGUAUGUGGAUGGGGCGGGGGAGUUUCUCAUCCCUCUUCUGACGCUCUCUUUCACUCCACCCUUCUGCUGCCUCUCUCCUCUAGGCUAUCUGAACAACCCCGAGGCGACAGCAGCCACGCUCACGCCAGACGGCUUGCUGCGCACGGGAGACGUGGCGUAUGUGGAUGGGGCGGGGGAGUUUCUCAUCCCUCUUCUGACGCUCUCUUUCACUCCACCCUUCUGCUGCCUCUCUCCUCUAGGCUAUCUGAACAACCCCGAGGCGACAGCAGCCACGCUCACGCCAGACGGCUUGCUGCGCACGGGAGACGUGGCGUAUGUGGAUGGGGCGGGGGAGUUUCUCAUCCCUCUUCUGACGCUCUCUUUCACUCCACCCUUCUGCUGCCUCUCUCCUCUAGGCUAUCUGAACAACCCCGAGGCGACAGCAGCCACGCUCACGCCAGACGGCUUGCUGCGCACGGGAGACGUGGCGUAUGUGGAUGGGGCGGGGGAGUUUCUCAUCCCUCUUCUGACGCUCUCUUUCACUCCACCCUUCUGCUGCCUCUCUCCUCUAGGCUAUCUGAACAACCCCGAGGCGACAGCAGCCACGCUCACGCCAGACGGCUUGCUGCGCACGGGAGACGUGGCGUAUGUGGAUGGGGCGGGGGAGUUUCUCAUCCCUCUUCUGACGCUCUCUUUCACUCCACCCUUCUGCUGCCUCUCUCCUCUAGGCUAUCUGAACAACCCCGAGGCGACAGCAGCCACGCUCACGCCAGACGGCUGGCUGCGCACGGGAGACGUGGCGUAUGUGGAUGGGGCGGGGGAGUUUCUCAUCCCUCUUCUGACGCUCUCUUUCACUCCACCCUUCUGCUGCCUCUCUCCUCUAGGCUAUCUGAACAACCCCGAGGCGACAGCAGCCACAAUCACGCCUGAUGGCUGGCUGCGCAUGGGAGACGUGGCGUAUGUGGAUGGGGCGGGGGAGUUUCUCAUCCCUCUUCUGACGCUCUCUUUCACUCCACCCUUCUGCUGCCUCUCUCCUCUAGGCUAUCUGAACAACCCCGAGGCGACAGCAGCCACAAUCACGCCUGAUGGCUGGCUGCGCACGGGAGACGUGGCGUAUGUGGAUGGGGCGGGGGAGUUUCUCAUCCCUCUUCUGACGCUCUCUUUCACUCCACCCUUCUGCUGCCUCUCUCCUCUAGGCUAUCUGAACAACCCCGAGGCGACAGCAGCCACAAUCACGCCUGAUGGCUGGCUGCGCACGGGAGACGUGGCGUAUGUGGAUGGGGCGGGGGAGUUUCUCAUCCCUCUUCUGACGCUCUCUUUCACUCCACCCUUCUGCUGCCUCUCUCCUCUAGGCUAUCUGAACAACCCCGAGGCGACAGCAGCCACAAUCACGCCUGAUGGCUGGCUGCGCACGGGAGACGUGGCGUAUGUGGAUGGGGCGGGGGAGUUUCUCAUCCCUCUUCUGACGCUCUCUUUCACUCCACCCUUCUGCUGCCUCUCUCCUCUAGGCUAUCUGAACAACCCCGAGGCGACAGCAGCCACGCUCACGCCAGACGGCUUGCUGCGCACGGGAGACGUGGCGUAUGUGGAUGGGGCGGGGGAGUUUCUCAUCCCUCUUCUGACGCUCUCUUUCACUCCACCCUUCUGCUGCCUCUCUCCUCUAGGCUAUCUGAACAACCCCGAGGCGACAGCAGCCACAAUCACGCCUGAUGGCUGGCUGCGCACGGGAGACGUGGCGUAUGUGGAUGGGGCGACAUCAGCCACGAUCACGCCAGACGGCUGGCUGCGCACGGGGGAUGUGGCCUAUGUGGACAAGAUGGGGGAGAUCUUCGUGGUUGACCGAGUCAAGGAGCUCAUCAAAGUCAAGGGCUUCCAGGUGCCUCCUGCGGAGCUAGAGGGUCUGCUGAUCGCCCAUCCCGACAUUGCCGAUGCUGCAGUUGUUCCUGCGGUGCUCAACCUCACCGAUCCUGUGGUAUUCACACUCCUUGACGCUCGUGGUGUAGCUGUUUGCAAGACUUCUCUGUCCGUACCUUCCGUGGUGGAAAAAGGCUUUCGUGAUGACAUGCUUCCAUGGAGCAACGGAGGCCAAGUGCAUGUCAAGUCCAACUUCAUGCUCAGUGAUGAGGAACGAGCCAAGAUUGCGGCUAUGCGUGCCAGGUCGAUGAGCAAGCGCAAGGAUGGCAGCAGCAGCGGCACUGUGACUCCCAUCGCCAGUGGCACUGUGACACCCCGCACUGUCAGUGCAGUGCUCGCCUCUCCCGUUGCCUCCGCUGCUCCAGCAGCUUCCGAGGCUUCAACAGCGACUGAAAUAGCAGCAGCGAGCACCACAGAGCUGACUGCUGCCACUACAACAACGACCACCACCACCACCGUCACCACCAGCACAACUGCGACAACAGAAGCUGCUGCAGUCGGUACGGUCACGGCGUCCACAGCGACCAGUACCGUGUUAGCUGCUGCCCAGAAGGAAAGCGCGGCUGUGACUACAGCGGUCGCAGCGAGUGCAGCUGCUGGGGUUCCUGUGGAUAUGUCCAACAUGAUGCUGGUGUUUGAUGGUAGCGAUGACGAGUCUGGCUAUACGGAGUCGUCACUUGAAGAGUCUUUCAGUGCGCAGGUCGCUCCUGCUGCACCGGUCGCUGCAGCUCCUGUCCCUGCUGCUGCCUCGCCUGUGGUUCCUACUGCUGUCCCUGAUUCCGUCCCUGAGGUUGCUGCUGCUUCGGUUUCUCAAGCUGCUCAGGUGGUGCAGGUUCAGGGUCCUGACUCGAUUGCACCAGCAACAGUGGAGGUGGUGAAAGAGGUGCAGAAGGAGGUUCAGGUCACAUCAGCACAGCAAACGGCAUCAGCAACCACCACCAAGACUGACGUCACCAUCAUCAAGACCGCCACGCAGGUCGCCAGCGAAGCAACAACCAUGACAUCAGCAAAGGUCGCCUCAGUCUCAACCUCAACCAAGGCCGCCGCCUCAGCAGCAGCAGCAUCUGCAGGGGCUUCCGUGCAGGCCGCUAUGAGCAGCACGACAGGCAGGGCGAGCGAGCAGUCUAGCGUGCGAGGAGGCGGUGGGGUUGCAGCUGACCUCAAUGGCCGUGUUGGCAGCAGCAAACAGCCAGCGGUGGCAGACAGUGAAGCCGCAGAGAGCAGCUGGGAGAGCGGGGAUGAGGUGGAGAGCAUGGAAGGGUCGUCGUUAUCAGGGAUGACGGACAGGCAGGUGGUUAAGAGGGGCAGGGGGGCGUCCGGCAAGGGGCGGAAUCGCAACGGAGGGCUGCUGGGGCAGGUGUUGCGGGUUGGUGAUGGGCUCACGCCUGUGAUGAAGCAGGUGCUGGGGACGGGCGCGUUCAUGCUGGCUAUGGUUGCGCUCUGGCCGCGCCCACAGAAGCAGAGCCGAGUCCAGCUGGAAACUGAUGCUGAUGGCAAGGUGUGGGUGGUGAAGCCGGGCGAAACCCUCAGCUCUAUCCUCCCGCGUGAAGUCUACUGCAAUCCCUCAUCGAAGUUCUUCGAGCUCAACCCAGAGGUCUGUGACAUCAACAGAAUCUACUCCGGCCAGCGUCUCGUCCUCCCGUAA